AUGGCUCCCGACGCCGCCCCCAUCGACGACUCCAUGCCCGCGCGCAUCUCGCCCGACUGCCCGCAGGACGUCCGCGACGUGCUCUACCACGCCUGGGCCCACGACGUCUCCGGCUUGAAGAAGCUGCUCGACGUGCGCGGCAAGGCGAGCGCGCAGGACCCCACGACGGGCGAAACACCCCUCCACGCCGCCAUCCGCGCCUGCGGGCCGGCCGAGACCACCGCCGCGACCGAGCCGCACGACGCAGACGACGAUGCGGCCGAGGACGGCUGCGUCGAGGAGGCGCGGGAGACGCUCCAGGAGCUGUUCUUCUCGGGCGCCAUCUGGAACGACGUCGACGCCAACAACGAGACGCCCGGGUGCGUCGCCCGGCGGCUGGGCCGUAAGGCCCUCUACGACAUGUGCGUCGACGCGGGCGUGCGCGCGGAGCUGCUCUUCUCCCUGAUGGGCGACUACGAGGAGCUGUCGUCGGGCUCCGACGUGGGAGAGGAUGACACCGCGGAGGCAAAUGGCAACGAGAACGGCGACGAGACCGCUGCACCCGACGCGCAAGCCGAGGCCGAGGACGUCGACAUGGCGGACGGCGGCGACGACGACCGCAAGUUCGUUCCGCCCGACGCCAACGAGAAGACGGUGACGAGCGACGAAUACCUCAAAUCGGAUCUGACGUACGACGCGGACAAGCUGCUCGACGCGGACCUCAACGGCGUCAUGAUGGCCUGGGAGACGGACAUCAUGCGCCGCUCCGUCGAGGCGCUCAUCCCCGGCGCCGAGCAGGGCAAGCGCAUCCUCAACAUCGGCUUCGGCAUGGGCAUCAUCGACGGCAUGUUCUCCGCGCUGAAGCCCUCGCGGCACCACAUCAUCGAGGCGCACCCGGGGGUGCUCGCGCACAUCGCCGCGGAGCAGCCCGGGUCCGGAUCCGGGUCCUCCAAGUUCGGCCCCGCGUGGGAGGCGAGCGGGCCCGAGGACGGCGCCUACAAGGUGCACGCCGGCCGGUGGCAGGAGGUGGUCCCCAAGCUGCUCGGGCAGGGCGAGGUGUACGACGCCAUCUACUUCGACACGUUUGGCGAGGACUACGCGCAGCUGAAGCUCUUCUUCACCGAGUACGUGACGGGGCUGAUGGACCAGGAGGGGCGCUUCAGCUUCUUCAACGGCCUGGGCGCCGACCGGAGGAUAUGCUACGACGUGUACACAAAGGUUGUCGAGAUGCACUGCGCCGACGCCGGAAUGGAUGUCGAGUGGGAGGAGAGCGACGUCGACAUGACCGCCCUCAGGGAGGAGGGCAAGGGCGAGUGGGAGGGUGUCCGGCGGCGGUAUUGGACGCUCGACAAGUAUCGGCUGCCGAUAUGCACAUUUAUGGGAUAA